AGCAGUAGCUUCUCUUCUAGGGUAUUUCAAUAAAGGGUUUGGCUUUGGUUUUUAGCUGCCAUGGAGGAUAUAGGUCUUUUCAAGCAAGGAUGGAAAUGGUUUCAGUCGCAGAAACACACUUACUCGCGUGCUCGAACUGCGUUUUUUAGUUUCAGAGACAAAGUUGGGAUGUUUAUUGAGAGACAUUGGCCAACAGUGUGUCGUGGCUGUGCCUGGAUGGGGAGUUUACUACGUUUAGCAGUGCUUCAAUGGUGGGAUUGCAUUAUAAAAGGCUUCAGAUCGCUUAUUGGAUUAGGCUCUGCUGCAUUGCUUCUUAUAAUGUGGAGUUGCUUUCUUAGUUUAACCUCCAUGUCCUGCCUGGUUUACGUUCUUCUUAGUAUGGGAGCUGCAGGAGUUGCUGUUCAAUAUCUCGGUUACACUCCUGGACUUUUUAAUGUGGGGCUCUUUGCUAUUCUAGUCUUGUGGAUGUAUGCUAACUUUUGGAUUACAGGGACGUUGUUUAUAGUUGGAGGUUAUUUGUUCUCUCUUAAUCAUGCACGGUUGGUGGUCUUGAUGGCAACUGUAUAUGCUAUAUAUUGUGUUAAAGUUCGUGUUGGAUGGCCGGGUGUCUUUCUCUCAAUAAAUCUUGCAUUUCUAUCCAAUGAUGCAUUAAAUUAUUUGCUCCAAUGGUGUGAUAAGGCGAGUGAAAGCUCACAUUUUGAAGAGCAGAAACAAUCUGAAACAGUUUCGGGAGAUGAAUUCUCAGGAGAGUGUGAAUACUCUAUUCCUACUAGUGAGUCCGAGAAGGUUCAUCCAUGUAAGUCAGCCAGCCCAACUGUUGUGACAUCUGUUGUUGAUAACCAAAAAGAGUCUUCUUGUAGCAAGGUGACCAAAGAUCAGACUGAUUCAAUUGAUGAGAUGAAAAGGAUCUUAAAUAGUGGGGACCAUUAUGAAGCGCUGGGAUUUCCACGUCACAAGAAGAUUGAUGUCAUAGUUUUAAAAAAGGAAUACAGAAAAAAGGCUGUGCUUGUGCAUCCUGAUAAAAAUAUGGGAAGCCCAUUGGCGAGUGAGUCAUUUAAGAAGCUUCAAUGUGCAUAUGAGAGUGGGUUAUUAGAUCAUGGAGAUAAUCAGAGAGGGACCAUCAGCUUCACGUCCUCUUAUACUGGAUGGUAA